CAGUCGAAAUGAACCACAUUAAAUUGAUUGACUGCCCAAUCGACGUCACUUAUGCAAUAAAUUUAAUAAGUGAUCCGAGUUGCGGAGCCUCUUCAAUUUUUAUAGGAACCACACGGGAUAGCUUUCAAGGAAAAAAAGUGGUAUCAUUGGCAUAUGAAGCAUACGAAAAUAUGGCCCUUAAAGAAAUGGAUAAAAUAUGCUCAGACCUCCGUGCAACUUGGCCCGACUUAAAACACAUUUUAAUAUAUCACCGAUUAGGAACAGUUCCCGAAAACGAGGCAAGCGUAGUUAUAGCGGCUUCAGCCCCACAUCGUUCCGCAGCCUUGAAAGCAGUUACAUUUGCUAUAGACCAACUAAAAUCGCGUGUACCCAUAUGGAAAAAAGAAUUAUACGAAGGUAACCACGAUGCUGAAUGGAAAGAAAAUUCCGAGUCAAUCAGGCCUAAAAAAUCUUUAAGUAGUUUUAAUUAUUCUGUUUGUAAAGUCGAUGAGUCGCGCGUCGUAUCUCGAAAUUUAGUCCAAAUUAGAGCUAAUGACUGCGAGCUAAAAAAUCGUGUAGAAUGUUUUUUUAAAAGAAAGAGAGCAGAAAUAAAUUCCUGUAAUGUAAUAGACUUCAAGCAGUCAAAUUUAAGCUCUAAUAUUAAUUCCGACACAGAAGUAGACGUUUCUUGCGCUAGAACUCAAAGUACGAUUUCAAAACAGGAACAGUCGAAUUGUCAUUUGAAAGUGCGGCGUGCUACAAAUCGUUGUGGACCACAACAGAUGCAGUUCCGGCCCAAAUACAAACAUGAACUAAGUAGGCUAACGACAUCACGUGUUAGCACUAAUGAAGUAGGAGAAUCGUUACAAAAUUCACGUUUACAUUCAAUUGAAACAUACAUGGGCUUGACCAGCAAAAACAAUGAAAAUAUUAUUAAUCGUAUUAAAAAUGUUGAGAACAGAAUUUUACUAUUGGAGUCCACCUCGCCAGAAUACCAGCAUUUUUUCGAGCAGUCGUGUAUGGAUCAACCGGAGAAAAAAAUAAAAACAAAUAAAACUUACUCCGCCCAUGAGCUGCGUGUAUACAUCCAUAGAAAAAAUAAGGAAUGUCCCUAAAACUUGAUAAAAAUAAAUACAGAUUUUGGAUUAAAUUAUAUUACUGCACAUA